AUGGCACUUCCUUCACAAAGCACCGAAUGGGACGCCGAGUCCCAAGAGGCGAAGCGCCUUUUGGCAAAAGACUCAUAUGAGGACUGUUUGUCCUGCAAAGUCAUGGGCUCUGCCGCAUUUAUCGGCCUCGGCGCGUACAGCUACCAUACCGGUAUGGCUAAUCUACGAAAGCAAGAAGAGACGAUCAUGCGAAGCGCAACAAAAUACAAAAUGGGAUCUCGCCGACUCGGGAUUGCUACGAUUUCUGCGGCUCUAGUUGGCAUGGGUGUUUGGCGAGCAUUCAACUGA